CACAUAUACAUAAUGUACAUGUCUUAACAACAAUACCCUCUCUCUCUCUUUCUCUUUCUCUAGAAUCAUCGAAUUUUAAAGGGUAGCAAAAGAGAAAAACAGGGGGAAAAAAAAGACAAAAGCAAUAGAGCAACCUUCUAUCGCAUCAUUUCGUACGAAAGUCAAGGUGGUUUUAUUAUAAAGUAAUAUUCGGAAAUUUUUUUUCCAUUAUAUUUAUUAUACAUAUAUAUAUAUAUAUAUACAAACGCAUUAUAUUUUAAUGCAAAAGCAGCACAAGAAACUGUUGAUGUCGAACAACUAAAGCGAAAGAAAACCCAGUCAAAGACUAGAAUUCCUCGUCUCUCUCUCGUUCUUUCUCUCAAUUUCGUCUACAAAACCACUUGUACCUGUUGUGUUUAGUUUUUAAUAAGUAACCGUGUUGGAUGCAAGAAGUCACUGAUGUAAUAACUAGUAACAAAACUUCACAACUCUCAAUUUUGGUCUUCCUCCUCCUUACCGGUUCUAUCAUCCUUCUCUUCAUCUCUUACACACCAAUCAGCCGAACUUUCCCCUCUGUGGGGACGUCAUCAGCUGAACAACUUUACCAGAUCCCGCCUUCAACAGUUGCAGUUUACAUGGGAAUCAAUACCUCAAAACUGCUCAAGCCUUUGCGAAUUAGCUACAAGAUUUCCAUAAAGAUGCAUACGAACUGUCGUGGUGGUCUCUACCCUCGAACCAAAGACAUCUAUCGAUUUGAUGUCCCUGAUGACAAAGUCAGCUGGGAUGUGGAGUACAAGGAAUACCAGCCUGUUGAUUAUACAGCUGAAUCUGUCUUACAACAGCCCCCCUGGGCCGAUCCUGAUAUCAGAAAAUCAUCAGAACCUAUCAAAAUUAAAUGGAACAGCCUUGAUAAUAAUAUUGACCGUCAAACAUUUGGCAAGAAAUACGACAUAUACAACCAUGUACCAAGGAACCCACAUGGUAGAACAGGUAUCAUAGGUCGUGGACUACUAGGUCGUUGGGGACCUAAUCAUGCUGCUGACCCUAUCAUUACAAGGUGGAAAGUGGUCGAUGGACACAAGGUCAAAGGUCAAGAUGGUAAACCUGUACUACAGUUCAUUGCCAUUCAAAGACGAGACACUGGUGACUGGGCCAUUCCUGGGGGUAUGGUUGAUGCUGGAGAAUUGGUAACUACCACACUACAACGAGAAUUUAGUGAAGAAGCUUUGAAUGCCUUAAAUUUAACACCUGAGAAGCGAGACAAACUACGGAAAUGCUUAAAAGUCUUUUUUAAAAAUGGCAAAGAGGUAUAUAAAGGUUAUGUGGAUGAUAUCAGGAACACAGACAAUUCUUGGAUUGAAACAGUUGCCAUGAAUUUCCACGACGACAAUGGAACUAGUGUGGCUAAUUUAGCACUGACUGCUGGGGAUGAUGCUGUCAGUGUGAAAUGGCUUGAUAUAGCACAAAGCCUCAAACUUUACGCUAACCACAAGGAGUUUAUGAAGAAAGUAGCAAAUGACUUGAAUGGCAGCUGGUGAUGAAAACACACAUCUUCUUAUAUAUAUAUAUAUAUAUAUUAUAUA